AUGGGAAUCUGUCUUCCUGUCGGCGAUUGCACAAAAGACCAGAUCAGUCUAACGGACAACCCCCUGAAUUCAAUUUGCGACACUACAAACAAUAACAGCAACAACGACGCCAUCGCGUCUGCCUCCAAAAUACUUUCGGGGGCUGUAGCUAAGGCAACUACGACAGCCUCGUCAACCUCGAAGCCCAAGGCGACCAAUGCUGCCAGCCCUUUGGGACAAAGUAUUGAGCUGGCUCUCGUUAUCGCCGCUGCUGCAGUCAUCCUUUAG